CAUGUGUAUCGGGAAACGAAAUCUUAGUUUUUUACUCAACACGUUUUACGUAUUUAACGUUAAAAAAUAAUUGCAAUAGACAAACGAAUUUUGAUAACGAGAGUUUGUUUCGUUGCUUAAAAUACGUUGGUUGCCUUGCAAUGAAUAUCUGUUUUGUUUACUAAAACAAACUGUUUGAAUUUUACAUGGUGUGGCAUUUGACGGAAUCGGCAUUUAAAUAAAUAGCAAUAAAAUAUUGAUUUGAAAUAUAAGUGUUGCCCAGCCUCUAAUGGCAACGUUUGAUGAGCAAUUUGAGAAUUUUAUGAACGAGCCAUUGUCGUCUGAGAAUACAGCUCGGAGCAGCUUGGGCAAGGCCGGCUCCACUCCUGAGGCGAAGGUCGCACCAGCAAAGCCCAAGGACUUGUGGUGGGUGAAAAAUCCUCCCAAAAAGCUGGGCGAACCCAGUCACUCUGAGCUGAAGGAUGCUGGCAGCGUCAUCGCGUCAAAGAGCCCUUCCCGUUCCGAUGUUGUGUCUUCGCUGGUUGAGUUCCUGCAGAAAGAAAAGCAGUGCAAGGAGCAGAAGAGCGGCAAGGGUACGACUCCAGUCGGCGGCGAAGGUGACCUCACGGACGAUGACCUCAGCAGCAUCAAGGAGCAGCUGAGCGCAGGAGAUGGUACUGAUAAAAGUGUUGAAGAGAUAUUAAAAGAGUAUGAAGACAUGCAACAAAGUAUUGAUUCACAGUGGAAGUCCUAUGUAGCUACAACUGAAGACCUGUCAUGCCAUUCCGGAAAGAACGGCAGUGUGAUUUCUGGAGAUGCAGGGGAAGAGAAGAGCAUAGAAGAAAUAUUCAAAGAGUACGAGGAAGAACAGCGGAAGAAUGAAGAGUCGUGGAAGCAGUACUGUGGGAUAAUGUCCGGCCAUCCCACUCAUUCCGCAGACAACAGCAGUGACUCCAGCAACAAGCUCUCGGCUAAAGAGAGUGCGUCAGAAAAGAGCAUGGAAGAUAUCAUGAAGGAAUUCAGUGAAAUUUCACAGGAGAGUGCCGAAGUGAUGAAGAAAAUAACAAACGAACAGCUAGACCUGAAAAUUGGAAUAUUGAAGCCAUCAACGAAGCGUAGAAAGGAUCCCAAAACUGCCAGACAAAACAAUUUGGAUGUGAGCAAUCCUUACAACGAUGCACAGGAUGGUUCUUUCAUACCUACAGAAUGCCAGAACAGAAAUCUGUCAAGCUCUUUAACAGCUCACGAAAAGUCCAGUAAAGUUGGAAUCUUUUCAUCCAGUGACAUGCCUAUUGUAUCACAAGCAACAGACACUUUUAUACCAAAAAAUAGGCUGAGGGAAGAUACAGCAUGUGACCUACCAUGUAUUUCAAACAAUGCAGAUUUCAAAAAAUUAAAGCUCAUAGAGAAAGUUGAUGAUUCAAAAAUUUCUUUGCAUGCUGCUGUGUCUCCAGAAGUGAAUACUGAAGAAACUUUCCCAAAUGAAGUAGCUAGAAUGGAAGAAGAACCACUUGCUGUUAACGAGAGCUUUGAUAAAGAAUCUGAGUUGAUACAAGAUGCCAGUUCGGGAGCUACGUUCACCCCAUCGUUUCUCCUGGAGACCCCAGAAGAGAGGGAUGCGCUGUCGACAGUUAUAGAAGAGUCGUCCGUGGAAACUUCCAUCGAGGAGGGCAGGAAGGAAGACGUCAGACGUGCCAGUGAUGUCCCAGCCUCGAGCUCCGAGCUGCAGCGAAUCAGGAGCUUGGAGCACGAUCUGGCCUUGGAGCAGAAAAAAGUCUCGGAACUUGAACGUGCUUUAGAUGCAAAGGAAAAUGAAUUCGUUAAGCAGAAAAACCUUCUCAAACAAAAGUACGAGACACAAAUAUUUGAAUUACAGAGGGAUAUCCGCAUCUUGAAAGCACAAGUCGCGGAGCACGAGAAGGAAGGCGCACAGCGGGCGGCGACGAAGGGCGCGGCGCGCGAGGACGCCCGCACGGCCAUGCUGGAGAAGGAGCUGCAGCAGCAGGAGCAGCUCAUUCUGGGCUGCCAGCGGGAGAACCUGCGUCUCUGCCAGGAAGUCCGGCAAGCCAAGGAGGAGCUGAAGGCCCGGGAGGCCCGGUCCAGCGCGGAGAGGCAGCAGCUACAGGCACAGCUGCUGUCCGCCAAGCAGCGGGCCGUGAGUGACUCGAGCGUCCAGAGGGAGUCCCUCCUGGAGUGCGUCAAGGACAAGGAAGAGACCAUCGUCAAGCUGAAGCUGGAGAUAGAGACCCUCAAGGAGCGGAACGAGGCCCUGCGGAGGUCGGCGGCGGAGCUGGAAGCGCAGGGCGCCCGGCUGCGGAGCGAGGCGGAGCAGCUGACGAGGGCGGCGGCGGUGGGACGGGGAGGCUCCUCGCCGCAGGGGGGGACCGCCAGCGCUGCCCGCGAGCUGGACCGGUGCCGGCAGGAGCUGCGUCAGCGCGAGGCGGAGGCGAGGGCCCUGGGCCAGGAGCUCGCCCUCACCAGGGGCUGCCUGGAGGCCCGUAGGGACGAGCUGACGGCCGCGGCUGCGGAGCGCGCCCUGGGGGCGGAGGCCCUGGAGACCCGGGUGUCCCAGCUGCAGUCCGUGCUGGCCACGGACCGCGCCGAGCUCAAGGCGCGCCUCGCCCAGUCCGAGGAGGACAAGAGGAAGAUCCUCGACCUCACCAGGCAGGUGAGGGAGAUGGAGCGCAUCCUGAAGCGGAAGCACCCCAACUCGAUCUCGGCGUUGAUCAUGGCCGCCAACAGCGAGACGGACGUGCCCGACAACUCCCCGCGCGUCAAGUACCUGGAGAACCGAGUCCAGCAGCUGGAGCUGGAGCUGGAGAGGAAGGGCAGCGAGGCAUCGGGCACCUUCCAGCAGAUACAGGAGCAGUUCCACGCCAUGAAGGUGCGGUACGAGCAGCAGGUGGCGGCGCUGGAGCUGGAGCUGGGCACGGCGAAGCACGAGGCGAGCCAGGCGGCGGCCAGGCAGCGCCACCGACAGCCUCCGCCCCCUCCGGCCAGCGCCCUCGCCGUGCGUGAGGACUCGCACCGGGUGGCCACCAUCCGCGGCCUGCGCGGCGAGCUGCAUGCGCGCGAGCGCGACGUGCAGCGCCUGGGGCGCGAGCUGGGAGCCGCGCGCCGAGGGGCGAGGAAAGCCUCGGACGAUGCCGGCCACCGCCCGUCGUCCAACCCAGAGGGCGUGCGAGCCAGCGAGGAGGCGGUCACGACGCUGGAGCAGCAGAACAGCUCCCUGCGGAGAGACCUAGAGAAGUUGGAGGAGGAGUAUCGACAGCUGAAGAUGAAGAGGAUACGAGACCUAAAUUUGUUGCAAGAGCAGCACGAGGUGGAAAUGCAGCGGCUGCUCUCUCGGCAGGCUGAGCCUGAGCGGGAUCUCGGGCCAAGGGUUGCUGAGCUGCAGAGCCAGCUGUGCACGCAGAAACUAGUCAUUAGCCAGUUGAGGGAGCAGUUGAAGCAGCUGGACGAGUGCCGGGAGGAGGCGGCCGUGCUGCGGAUCGAGCGUGACCACCUCGAGAAGAGCACCACGGAGCUGACCAGGAAGCUGGCGGCCCUCAGGAGGUCGCACAUGCCCGAGGACGAGCGCUACGAGGCCCUCCAGGAGAGGAUCCUGGAGCUGGAGGCGCGCCACGAGCUGCGCGAGGAGCGCCUGCAGGCCGUGGUGCGCGACCUGCUCCGGCGCAGCGCGGAGCAGCGCCAGCCCCGCCGCGGGACGGGCGGCGACGACGCGGCCGGCCUGCGCCAGCGCCUGCUCGACAAGAACCGCCAGCUGUGCCUGUACCAGGCCGAGAUGGACCGCAUCCUGGAGGCCCUGCAGGGGCUGCACCACGCCCGCGGGGACUGAGGGUGAGCCGGCUGGUGGGUGUCAUCUCCCUCGCGGUACUGAGCCGGGUAGCUAUCCGACUCUCAGGGCGGUAUUCCAAAACAUUCAGGUAAGGUAGCGAAUAAGCACUACCUUGUUGGGAUACAACUGUAACCUAUCUCGCAGACUGUAUUCCAGAACGCGUCCCAAUCCAAUUCCUGUUAGGAAACGAAAAAGCAACUGUUUUAAUAAACUGUGCCCUGUACGAGGCUAGAAACUGAUUUCAAUGCAUUCUAGCGGAUGUUUGGCAACCAUCAAUGGAUUUGCUACGCCAAAAUCCUACAGAUAGCAGCACUAUCGUGCGAAUUAAUUGGCGUAAUUUUAAUGUUCUCAGGUAAUUUUAAAGUUGUUGAUUAUUUGUUUUUAUGACCAUUAAACUAUUCAAAUAUAUUCCAGAAUAGUUUUUGCUAUUAUAAAGUUUUAUUUGACACACUAGGUAAUUUUAAAGUUGUUGAUUAUUUGUUUUUAUGACCAUUAAAGUAAUCAAAUAUAUUUCAGAAUAGUUUUUGCUAUUAUAAAGUUUUAUUUGACACACUAAAACACAUUAUACAUCCCCCGAUUAUAAUUAAAAUGACUAUAUAAUAUGAGUUAAUGCGCCAGAUGCGAAUCAGCCAUCUGGAAGAAAUCAACGAAAAAGUGAGCUCUGCGCAUGCGCGUGAUUUUGGCAACGAAACGGCAACAGAUAGGACACCAAAAAUCAGUGCCCUAAAAAUAAGGUACUGGCCGUGUCCUAUCGUGCACUUGGAAUAUGGCUAGGGUACAGGUAUCGCAUAUUCAACACCUAAACCCUUAUUUUUGUGUCUUGGAAUACGGCCCUCAGACCACAGGGUCUAUCUAAAAUACUCAUAAAAAAAAUUUUUACAUCUUUAAAUGCGUCUGUUUAUCGGUACAGCUGUUGCCGGGCAUAAGGAAAUACACUGGAUCCUUGUUACGUGGAAUGCACGAGAUACACAACUGAGCGUACGUAAGGUGUUUUUGUGUCCAGUACACAUGAUCGUGAUACGGCAUUGUGUGCGGUAACUGCUUUUGCGAUAUACAGAAGCACGUUCGGAUGCAUGUUCGAUGACAUCUGCGAAUCCCUGCUUAUGAACCCAAGAUUUUUACAUUUAUGUUAGGUGAAACCCGUAUUAAAAACCUCCCCUCUGUGAUGAUAAUGGAGAAUACCAGGACCAUUAUUAUUUUUUCUUAGGGGUGUACUUGUAUCGAAACAACCCAUUACUGAAUCAAACUACCUAGUGUCUAAUCUCUCAUUUUCAUUGAAUGCUACCAAUUGUCUGAACCAAAGCAAGUAAAGUGACAGAUAACCUGGAAAAAGAAAUGUUUUUUUAAACAAAAGUAUCAAGAAUUAAGGAUUAAAAAAAUACAUUUGAAGAACAUUCUUAUUUGAGUACUUUAAGCAGUACCAUUAUUACCACCAAAUGAAAGUGUUGAAUGGCUUUAACUGACAUUAUAAUCCCAAAAUCUAGAUGAUUUAAUAUUAUUGAACUUCCACAUAAUUAUUAGGUUAUUGGAGCCUUUAUUCUCCAGUCCAGCUAUAUUGGUAGAUUUGAAUGAAUUGACAUUCAGAUCGGUACAACCCUACUUACACAACAGUAGCAUAUUCCUUUUGCUUUUAAUUUGGUCAUACUAAUAAAUCUGUGUCUAUUUUGUAUGUUUAGGGGAGCAAAAAAGUGGAGAUCAUAUUUACCACAGUAAUAGGUGCUAAAAAUAUUUUAACAAAAUAAAAACUUACCAAAAAUUUGCUGCAUUUUUUAAUUCCAGCAGAAUCAGAUGUUAAGCAAUAUUAAGUACGGUAAUAUCUCAAAACUUUUGUUGUAAAAAGGACUGGUAAAAUUUUUUAAAUAUUUAGGUUACUAUUUAUAAUUAUAGAAACAGCAUAUUAUACUACCCAUCAACCAUUGUGUUAAUGCAGGGUAAUUUUUGAACAACAUAUUGUACUAUCCAUCAACCAUUGUGUUUACACAGUGUAAUUUUUGAUAUGUACCUGAUUUUCUUUAAGCAUAAUUUUUUAUUAGGUAAUAGUUAUAGAGAAAAAAGUUUGUUUAGAUCAUAUUAUAAUACAAUUUAUCUGAAGUACCUACUGUUUGUCACAAAUAAUUUGUAAUGUUUGUAAAUACAUAAAGCUGUUAAACAAUGCUCAUCCAUUGCAAUUUGUUAAUUUCAAAGACUUUGGUGUUGAGGUACUUUUGCAGAUAUAACUGUGAGAAAGUUUAUUAAUAUUUAAUUAUGUUAAUGAUUUUUUUCACUUUAUGAACAAGCAAUUAUAUUUUCUCUUCUAUUUGUAAAUAUUGUUGUAAAUGUUAAAAAAAUAUUUUGUUUACUCUUUUGUUGUUGAGCAGUUGUACUGUAA